AACAACAACAACAUAUUUUAUGAAAAUUUGCUGCAAUAUUUAUUGUAUAUUUUCGUAUUUACAUAAAUUGUCAAGCUGAUUCGCAAGAGAAAAUUCGUUGUAAACAUGUCGGACAACGAAAUAGAGGACGUGUCAUUUUUACCUGGUGAAAGUCUCCACAGAAGAGCCAUAUACGAACCAAAUAUUAUACAAAAGCUUCGUAAUGUUGCAUGCAACAAGGGACGGGCCGCUGUCAUUGCAACCAUAGGCUGUUUAUUUCUACUUGUGAUAGCGUUGAUAGCUGCCUUGUCCACAGGCAGAUCUUGCAAAACAAUCAUUUCUGAAGACAGUGAAAAACCUGAAAUUCCUUCAGAACCGAAGAAUGACUACAUAUCAACCAACGGGAAACCCUUCCCUUACAAGGAUAUACGGCUGCCAAAAUCAGUCAUUCCUACCCAUUAUCAGCUACUCCUCCAUCCGAACAUAUCACAGUCCUUUUUCAGUGGGACGGUAAAAAUUCACUGUGAUAUUACGCAUCGCACCAAUUUUAUUGUAUUUCAUGUGAAAACUUUAAAUAUAACAAAGUUAGAAUUACAAGACCUUAAAAAGUUGGGUCAGAUUGAGAUUUUAAACUGGUUGGAGUAUAAGACAAAUGAGCAGGUUUUUGUCAAACUUGGAACCAGACUAGAAGCAGGGUCAAAGGUCAUUCUGGAGGUGGACUUUCAAGGUGACCUUGUAAAGAAACUGGCAGGAUUUUACAAGAGUAUGUACAAAACAAACAAAGGCGAAGAAAGAUACAUUGCUACAACUCAUUUUGAGCCGACUGAUGCACGUGCAGCUUUCCCGUGCUUUGAUGAACCUCAACUGAAAGCCACUUUCAAACUAUCUAUGAUACGUGAUGCAAACCACAUCUCACUAUUCAAUAUGCCCUUAAAGAACACACAGGAGUAUGGAAGUGGGCUAAAAAUGGAUAUUUUUGAUGAAACUGUAAAAAUGAGUACAUAUCUGGUAGCGUUUGUGGUCUGUGAUUACCAGAAUAUUACGAAAUCUACUAAGAGAGAUGUGAUGGUGAGAGUUUUCGCCCCCAAAGAUUCCAUACAUGCCGCACAUUUUGCCUUGGAAACAGCCGUCAAAGUCAUAGAUCAUUAUGAAGAUUUCUUUGGAGUUCCUUAUCCACUGCCUAAACAAGAUUUAAUAGCUAUUCCUGAUUUUGCUGCUGGUGCAAUGGAGAACUGGGGUCUGAUAACUUACAGAGAAACUGCUGUACUGUAUGACCCAACUGUGUCAUCAGCCAGGAAUAUGGAAAGGGUUGCUGUUGUAGUAGCACAUGAACUAGCACAUCAGUGGUUCGGGAAUCUUGUAACCAUGGCCUGGUGGGACGACCUUUGGUUGAAUGAAGGGUUUGCAAGUUUUGUGGAAUAUAUUGGCAGUGGAGUAGGCCAUGAAGACUGGAAAAUGGAUGAACAGUUUGUAACAGAAACACUGUUAAAUGCCCUGUUCCUGGAUGGCCUGGAGAACUCUCAUCCCAUCAACCUUCAGGUGGACAACCCAAACCAGAUCAAUGAAUUGUUUGAUACAAUAACUUAUGAUAAGGGAGCAUCUAUUAUCAGGAUGUUAAACAAGUUUUUAGGAGAUGAAGUUUUCAAAAAAGGGCUGAAAUCAUACCUAAACCAGUAUAAAUAUAGCAAUGCAGCCACCAAUGAUCUAUGGAAUUCUUUGUCAGAGGCCGUCACUAACAGUAAGGCAGAUAUCAACACUGAUGUAAAAAGUUUGAUGCGUACUUGGACAGAACAGAUGGGCUUCCCUGUAAUUACUCUUGAAAGGCAGAAAGGUGGACAUAAAGUUUCAAUCAGACAAGAGAGAUUUCUGCUGUACAAACAGCCAAACAUUAGUACACAGUCUACAUCACCUUUUGGGUACAUGUGGGAAGUUCCGUUUACAUACUCUCUAGCAUCAAAACCAAACGAAGUCAAAAAGUACCUGCUGAAAGAUGCAUCAGGUUCAUUUGAAGUACCUGCAGAUAUUACUUGGAUCAAAGGGAACUACCACAUGUACGGAUAUUACAGAGUGAACUAUGAUGAAGAUGGCUGGAGGGCUUUGAUUGGUCAGCUGAACGUUAACCAUUCAGUGUUUACAGCAACAGAAAGGGCGGGAAUGAUUGACGAUGCUUUCAUGCUGGCACGAGCUGGGCUACUGAAUUACAGUAUAGCCCUUGAUCUCUCACUGUACAUGGUGAAUGAAGAGGAUUACAUUCCCUGGCAGACAUUGAUAGAUAACUGGAAAUUUAUAGAACAUAGGAUAGAAGAUAAACCAGUCUAUUCUAGAUUUAAAAACGUUCAGCUGAAACUUAUGAAAAAACAGAUAGAAAAGAUGACAUGGGAGGACGAAGGUUCUAUGCUUGACAAAUAUUUAAGGACUGCUAUCCUUAAUUUAGCUGUUAGUCUAGAACAUGAGAAAUCUGUGAACAAAGGGAAAGAACUCUUCCAGCAAUGGAAAACAAAUCAUAGAAGCAUACAAGUGAAUUUAAAGAGUGUGAUAUACAGGACUGGCAUCAUGUAUGGUAAGGAAGAAGACUGGGACACAGUCUGGAAUGCUUUUCUAACUGAGAAUGAUGCAUCAGAGAAGAUGAAACUGUUAACUGCUCUAGGACAGUCAAAAGAUUAUAGACUUCUCUCUAGGUUAAACAAUUUUAGUUUGAAUGAGACUUUAGUGCGAAGACAAGAUGCAUUCAGAGUUUUAACGUCUGUUUCCGGUACAUAUGUAGGGCAGCUCCUUGCUUGGAGAUUCUUCAGGCAGAACUGGGAAGUGUACGUUGAUAGGUAUGCUUCUACAUCGUUCAUAUUUUCAACUUUGAUUAAAGGUACCUGCUCAAAUUUUGCCACCCAGUUUGAUUAUGACGAGGUGCACACGUUCUUUAAAACCAGGGAUGCUGGAACAGGCAAACGAGCAGUCAGCCAAGUAUUGGAGAAAAUCCAGUCUAACAUUGACUGGACACAAAGAUACGAGAAGACUGUCACAGACUGGAUUAAUAAACGUGGAGAGAAACCAGUCUAGUAUUGACUGGGCACCCAGAUAUGAGAGUUAUAUCACAGACUGGUUUCAGAAACAUAACGAAAAAAAUGUAUAACAUAUAGACAGGCUGGUAUAAUAAUGUAAAUAUAAGUCUUUGAUACUAAGGUUAAGACAGGUUUAUACAAGUAUGUGAGUAUCAGUAAAAAAAAGUAAUCAAACUUUGAUUGGUUGAUACAAAAGUUGGAAAAUAAACUAAAACUUGGAAUGUCAAUUUGAUUAAGUUAAACAUGUUUCUUUGCUUGAACUAGCUGUUAUAAAUACGUGAUUAUAGGCCAGAACGUUCUCUGUUCUAGAUUGGUUGUAUAAGAAUUUGAAAAUUAGUCAGUUUGAGUAAAACAUGUCUUUGCUGGGACUGGCUAUUAUAGAUAUGUGAUUAUAGGCCAGAACAUUGUCUAUUCUAGAUUGGUUGUAUAAGAAUUUGAAAAUUAGUCAAUUUGAGUAAAACAUGUGUCUUUUAAUUUGAGUAAAACAUGUGUCUUUGCUGGGGCUGGCUAUUAUAGAUAUGUGAUUAUAGGCCAGAACAUUGUCUAUUCUAGAUUGAUUGUAUAAGAAUUUGAAAAUUAGUCAGUUUGAGUAAAACAUGUCUUUGCUGGGGCUGGCUAUUAUAGAUAUGUGAUUAUAGGCCAGAACAUUGUCUAUUCUAGAUUGGUUGUAUAAGAAUUUGAAAAUUAGUCAGUUUGAGUAAAACAUGUGUCUUUGCUGGGACUGGCUAUUGUAGAUAUGUGAUUAUAGGCCAGAACAUUGUCUAUUCUAGAUUGGUUGUAUAAGAAUUUGAAAAUUAGUCAAUUUGAGUAAAACAUGUGUCUUUUAAUUUGAGUAAAACAUGUCUUUGCUGGGGCUGGCUAUUAUAGAUAUGUGAUUAUAGGCCAGAACAUUGUCUAUUCUAGAUUGAUUGUAUAAGAAUUUGCAAAUUAGUCAAUUUGAGUAAAACAUGUGUCUUUGCUGGGACUGGCUAUUUUAGAUAUGUGAUUAUAGGCCAGAACUUUUUUGAACAUAGACUGAUUGGUUAAACAUUUGAAAAAAAGCCUUAACUAGAUGUAGAUGCUUAGGAAAAUAACAUUAUGUUAACAGAUGAUACGAGCCGUGCCAUGAGAAAACCAACAGUGACUUUGCGACCAGCAUGGAUCCAUACCAGCCUGCGCAUUCACGCAGUCUGGUCAGGAUCCAUACUGUUCGCUGACAGUUUCUCUAAUUGCAAUAGGCUUUGAAAGCGACCAGCAUGGAUCCUGACCAGCGGAUUCUCAUGGUGCGGCUCAUAUGGCAGUCCAGUAUCGAGUACCAACAGUGGAUUAAUUGUAUGUGUCUAUU